GUGCGUUAUUUCACAAUCUAAAGUUUGUAUAUAUAGUGGUGGUUUGGAAAGUGUACCUUCCCCGCAGGACUUUCUGGGAUGUAAAUUUGUAGGUCGUGUUUACAACUCGUUCUUAUCCGAGCCGAGCCUCAUUCAACUGAUUCCUUCUUUGUGGGUGUCUUUAAUGAAGCUUAUACAUGGCAAAAAGCAAACAUUCCCGUGGUUCGGCAUGGAUAUCGGUGGAACACUGGUUAAGUUGGUCUACUUUGAACCGAAGGAUAUCACAGCCGAGGAGGAACAAGAGGAAGUGGAGAACUUGAAGAGCAUCCGGAAGUAUUUGACUUCGAACACCGCUUAUGGGAAAACCGGGAUCCGAGACGUCCACCUGGAACUUAAAAACCUGACCAUGUGUGGGCGCAAAGGGAACCUGCACUUCAUCCGCUUUCCCAGCUGUGCCAUGCACAGGUUCAUUCAGAUGGGCAGCGAGAAGAACUUCUCCAGCCUUCACACCACCCUCUGUGCCACAGGAGGUGGAGCUUUCAAAUUUGAAGAGGACUUCAGAAUGAUUGCUGACCUGCAGCUGCAUAAACUGGAUGAACUGGACUGUCUGAUUCAGGGCCUGCUUUACGUCGACUCCGUUGGCUUCAACGGCAAGCCGGAAUGUUACUAUUUUGAAAACCCUACAAAUCCUGAAUUGUGUCAAAAAAAGCCGUACUGCCUUGAUAACCCAUACCCUAUGUUGCUGGUUAACAUGGGCUCAGGUGUCAGCAUUCUAGCUGUGUACUCCAAGGACAACUACAAAAGAGUUACAGGGACCAGUCUUGGAGGUGGAACAUUCCUAGGCCUAUGUUGCUUGCUGACUGGUUGUGAGACCUUUGAAGAAGCUCUGGAAAUGGCAGCUAAAGGCGACAGCACCAAUGUUGAUAAGCUGGUGAAGGACAUUUACGGAGGAGACUAUGAACGAUUUGGCCUUCAAGGAUCUGCUGUAGCAUCAAGCUUUGGCAACAUGAUGAGUAAAGAAAAACGAGAUUCCAUCAGCAAGGAAGACCUCGCCCGGGCCACAUUGGUCACCAUCACCAACAACAUUGGCUCCAUUGCUCGGAUGUGUGCGUUGAAUGAGAAUAUUGACAGAGUUGUGUUUGUUGGGAAUUUUCUCAGAAUCAAUAUGGUCUCCAUGAAGCUGUUAGCAUAUGCCAUGGAUUUUUGGUCCAAAGGACAGCUAAAAGCUCUAUUUUUGGAACAUGAGGGUUAUUUUGGAGCUGUUGGGGCACUGCUGGAACUCUUCAAAAUGACUGAUGACCAGUAGAGGUGAGCAGUUGAGGGAGCAGCCUCCUAAGAGGACAGAGGACUGAAAACUGCUGCUGGAGAAGGUGACGUUUGCUGUGGGACAGAAGCCAAGCCAUUAUGACAGAUGAAACUGCUGGAUUUGUAGAUAAUUUAAAAUCCUUCUAACUGAUCUUUUACUCUUAGGUUUCGAGCUAAUGAUUCAAAAUGGGGAAUAUAAGAGUUUUUUCUGUAUACUGUAUUUUUUUAAAAAAAAAGUUUGUGCAGCGUGGCCAAACAUACCAAUUUUAUGCAUUAACUUGGAAAAGUUUUAUGAUGUUUAAGAAGGACCUGAUAUGUAAGCGCUGUUCAUUUUUCUUCUGGGGUUUACUGAUCAGUGUGGUGAUUUUAACUUCAUUUAGUAAUUACUCUAGGAGAUUUUACCUUUACUUAUAUUUUUCAUGACGUUUCAUGAUUUGCUGUUGGUUUCAAAUGAAACUACGAAUCUGGCUUGUUUUACUGUGAACACUUUUUUUGUUUGUUUGUUUACCCUUUUUUGGUCUUGUUUUUCUGUUUGAAUGUCUUAUGGAAAAAGAGAGUCUUUCCCUCUGUUUUCUGUCAUUGGGUGAUCUCUCUCCCUGCGCCUGUAACCUUUCCUUGACAGAAUUGUUCGUAUCAAUCAAGGUGCUGGCCAGCUCAAUACAAAGUUAAGCACAAGAUGUAAAGCUCACAAAAAUGCCCAUGCAGAGAAGACUCUGAAGGUGUUAAUGAAUUUAAAGAGUCUGGCAGAAGUUGCAAAUUAUGUGCAAUUUUGUCUCAUCCCCUAUAGAUAUAGUGUUUCAUUGGAUUUAUUUUAUGUGAGGUUCUAUUAAAUUCAAAUAGUCUAUGAUGAAAUGUCCUCAUCCAGGCACAGCAUAUGAAUGGCAGCAAAUCCUUGUGUAAGAAGUUUGGAACUUACUGGGGAAGGUCUCCCAGUGGAUUAAAUGUUCACAUCAGGAGAUUUAGGGUAAGUUGUGGGUUGAGGUGUCAGGUAGUAAUAUCUAUCUGUUUUGUCUGUGUAUGUAUCUAGGAGCUUUGUAACAGACAUUUUAAAUAAUAAUGUUAAAGUUUUUUUCAUUUUUAAUAUUUUAAACUGAGAACUGUACACUUUGAUCCCAGUUUCUAAAAUUAAAAAAAUAAUUUAUGAUACUGAUCUCUAUAUUUUUCUUUUUGAAAGAAGAAUCCAUUUAGACCGAUGGGUAACUUUCCAAUGAGGGUCAUGUACAAACACUGGAACGCAUGAGAUCCAUUGACCUUGUGGAUUGAGCGUUGUUGUUGAAAGGGAUUUUUGAAGGAUGGUAAAAUUGGUCCAUGGUGAAUCUUCCCGUCCACCUCUGAGCACCACUUUUAAUUUCCAUAUCGUCAAGUCUUGAAGAAGUUGAUGCUAAUCGAAGAAUUCACUUGUCUGGUUGAAAUAAAGCCUGUUUCUGUUGUGAUGUU